GUGUGUGUGUGUGUGCAGCCUCCAGUGCUGCUCGCCAUUACCAUUCCGGGCACAGCGCACCUCUGCUCCACACGCAGAAAUGGAGCCGGCUCUGUGGUUGACAGGCGUCCGAGGGCAGGGGGAGGGGAGGAGGAUGAGGAUGCAUGACGGCUGCAACCUUUCAGGCAAUCUGGAUUAACUAGUGAGAGAGAGAGAGCGAGAGAGAGAGAGGAAUUAGGAACAUCUGGCUGCAACCUCCCUCUCUCCAUCCACAAAGGCGUUUUCUAGCUCUCUCUUUUUUUGGGGGGGUGGGUGGGAGUGUUUGGGGGGUGGUGCGCAGUGGAAGAGGCGAUCCCGCUCAGCCUCCAAAGAAGCCUCAGCGGGACCCUGCAGCGUGAGCUCGUCCGCGCCGUGCAAUGCUCCCGUCGCUCCAUCCUCCUCCUCCUCUUCCUCUUCUUCUUCUUCUUCUUCUUGAAGGGCAUCGACGGGCUGCCAAGGCCGGACACAUGUCAGCGCAAGCCGAGCCAGCGCGUCCGGGACUAAAUUCAAUUCUCCUCUCCCUCCCGUUGCUCGUCUUCUCCGCUGGGAAGGCGCUCCUCUUCUGACUGAUGUGUCCCCGGCAAGGCGCUGACUGACCCCCUGCUUACAAGCCGGACUCGCCAGCGACUGACUCUAUUUCCAACCCAGCACAAAGAAACCAAAUGCUCCUUCUUGAAGGGAGGAUUUCUCCGAGUGAAUUCCCCAGCAAGACAAAUUAAUGUUUAAUAGAGAUGACAGAGCUCGUUCGGGUUGCUUUGCAGUCUUCCGCUGCUCGAUAAACCGUUUCCCUCUAUCUGUCUCUCUCUUUUUGCCUUAUCUUUGCAGGCGUAACAACGUGAAUGACAAGUCCAAUGGAGACCCUCCUGCUUUAUCUGAUUGUCCUCUGUGCGGCUGUCAGGGCCCACAAAGUUCAAGUCUGCCCGAGGCGCUGCAUGUGCCAGGUGCUUAACCCCAACCUGGCCACGCUGUGCGGCAAGAAGGGGCUGCUCUUUGUGCCCCCCAACAUCGACAGGCACACCGUGGAAAUGCGACUGGGCGAUAAUUUUGUGACCAGCAUCAAGCGCAAGGACUUUGCCAACAUGACCAAGCUGGUGGACCUGACGCUCUCCCGCAACACCAUCGGGACCAUCGUGCCCAACGCUUUUAAAGACCUGGAGAACCUGCGAGCACUGCACCUGGACAGCAACCGGCUGACGCGCAUCACCAACGACACCUUCAGCGGCAUGUCCAAGCUGCACCACCUCAUCCUCAACAACAACCAGCUGACCUACAUCCAGAUCGGGGCCUUCAAUGACCUGACGGCGCUGGAGGAACUGGAUUUGUCUUACAACAACCUGGAGAGCAUCCCCUGGGUGGCUAUCCAGAGAAUGUCCAGCCUCCACACCCUCAAUUUGGACCACAACAUGCUCAGCUACAUCCCCGAGGGCACCUUCUCGGGUCUGCAGAAGCUCAAGAGGCUGGACGUGACCUCCAACAAGCUGCAGAAGCUUCCUCCGGAUCCCAUUUUCCAAAGAGCAGGCGCCCUGGCCACUUCAGGGAUCAUGGGGCCCACGUCGUUCGCGUUGAGCUUCGGAGGGAACCCGCUGAGAUGCAACUGCGAGCUGCUCUGGCUGCGGAGAUUGCUACGAGAGGAUGACCUGGAGACCUGCGCUUCACCGCAGCACCUCGCCGGACGCUAUUUCUGGUCCGUGUCGGAGGAAGAGUUCCUGUGCGAGCCUCCUCUCAUCACCAGGCACUCUCAGGAGCUGCGAGCUUUGGAGGGUCAAAGCGUCACGCUGCGCUGCAAAGCCCGCGGCGACCCGGACCCCAUCAUCCACUGGAUCGCCCCCGACGGGCGCCUCAUGUCCAACUCCUCCCGGGCCACGGUCCACACCGACGGCACACUGGACAUCCUCAUCAGCACCGUCAAGGACUCAGGUUCUUUCACCUGCGUGGCCUCCAACCCAGCCGGCGAGGCCCAGCAGAAGGUGGACCUGCUCAUCGCCAAACUCCCUCACAUCACCAACAACACGGCCGCCGAGCGGGAGCCCGACCCCGGGUCGUCGGAUAUUGCCACGGUGACCAAGACGGGGGCGGAGGGGCCGGGCGGGGUGCCUCUGGGGAAUGCCAAGACGAGCCAAGAGAGGAAGGUGGUCAUCGCCGAGGCCACGUCCAACUCAGCCAUGGUCCAGUUUCAGUUUCAGAGGAACAUUCCGGGGAUCCGCAUGUUCCAGAUCCAGUAUAACGGGACCUAUGAUGACUCUCUAGUCUACAGAAUGAUCCCGCCGACCAGCGAGAACAUCCUGCUGAACAACCUGGCGGCAGGGACACAGUACGACCUGUGCGUCCUGGCCAUCUACGACGACCAGGUGACCUCCCUGACCGCCACCCGGGUCAUCGGCUGCGCCCACUUCACCACUGAGCCGCAGUACCUGAGAUGCCAUUUCAUGCAGUCGCAGUUCCUGGGCGGAACCAUCGUGGUCAUCAUCGGGGGGAUCAUCGUGGCCUCCGUGUUGGCUUUUAUCAUCUUUCUCAUUGUGCGCUACCGGGUGUGCAACCAAGGAGACACGGACAAGGCCCUGGAGAUGGGUGACAUACGUUCCCUGAGCAGUGACGGACAGCUUCAAGGCUGCGGGCUUCCCAAAUCUCUCUCCAAGCAGGUCCUGCGUCCGGAGAAGAACGACAAGGACUGUCUCAGAGUUGCAUUGCCGCCGCUGGAGCCAGCCAAGCAGCGAACGGCUGCCACUGCAACCGCCGCCAACGCCGCAACCAAACCCUGCGUCCCCGACUGUACCGUGUCCACCUCGGCUGCCAGCCACAGUUGGCACCCGGCAUCACCGGGUGCCCCCAGGGUGAAACGUUCCAUGACGCCGUCCAAACCGUCCGAGGUCCGCCUGGCAGACAUUGAACUCAACAAUGUGAACCGCAAUAACUCCUCGCAGAUGCCGCCUGUCGUGGCCCGAGUCACGCCCGGACAAUGGACUGCGGCUCCCAGGGUUCCGCGAGCCCGCCAGGCACCACGACACUACAUGACUGUGCCCGCCGGGGGUGUGAGGCUGAACCGCAGACACUCCCUGAAUGUGGACUCAUCCAGGGAGCGCUUGUACGUGGCGUACCCCAAAACAGGAGCCAGCCUGCGCUCCAAGCGAAGCCUGUCCAUGAGCGGCGAGCUGCCGCAGCUGCAAAGCGUAACAAACAUUCACCGGGCUCGCGACAAGCUGUGCAGGUCUGAGUGGCUUCUGGAGAGCACUUUAUGAUUUGGAGUUUACUGCUUGCAUCCUUUGUUUUUUUGGGGGGGGGGAUUUGUGGCCUGUUGUGGAACUGCCCUGAAGGUCGCCCGCACAACUCAAAGGGAAUAUUAUGGCUUCACUUUUGUUUUAUACACUAUAACCUAUCAAUGUCUUCUUCGUAAGGGACUUUGGGCGGACCAAGAAAAGCACAAGUGUAUAAAAGAACUCCUAUACAAAUGUUUAGCUGUGUGUAAACGAAUGCAGUAACCUGCACACGCUGGACGAUAACAAAGACGGGGUUGUCGUGCCCUAAAGACAGACAGCAAGCACACAUACUUGUGACCUUGGCGCUGGUUUUCAGAGAGAUAAUGAAUGUGCUUUACAUCCCAGACGCAGCACAAUGCAGCAUUUUUUGUGGCACACGUUGACUCAGCCUUGAUACUGCCCUCCGGUUUGAAUCGAUCAAAUCGUUUCUAUCAUUUAAUUACACAAAGACCCGAGAAACGCUUUGAAUGACGACUGGCGCAGACGCAACGCCCCACGGGGCGAGAGGAGGAGUGAUGUCGGCGUUCUGCGUGGAUGAGACAUUUCCAUGCUUCUUCUUCUUUUUUUUUUAUAUAUUAUUUUUUUCCACGUAUUAUCAUGACAUGCUGAUGUAAAUGAACUUGUAAGCGGAACGACCAUUGCAGGUAUCGGAUUGAUUUUGCUGUUGUUUCUGUUUGAUGUUUAACAGUCCAAAUAAACCAGUGAUACAAGGGACAUUCCAUGUGUGAUGUCCAGCACUCCAGUAUGUACCCUUGUUGCUUUGCAGUCGCCAUGGGGCGCCGGUUCCAGAAGCAAAAACAAGUUCCCGCCAAUUUCUCUGGAGCUGUCAAUCCCGAUCAGGCUCAUGUUUCUACCGCAGGGUUUGUCGGCGGGAUGACUACAUCAGCUUCGGAAAUCGUGAGACAUCAUGUCAACAAAUCCCAUUAAUUAGAUGACUCCAUACUGAGUCAAACCAUAUUUUCUUUGAAAUGGUGUUCUUCCCAUUCCAGUGAUGUCAACUAGGGCCGAGCGCCACCCUAUCAGGUAGCGCACCACCACUUACAGAUCAAAGUUUGACAACAGCAGUGCAGAAACUGAAAUCUAAGCAAGACCGAAUAUCUCAAAUCAAGGUCAAGGGUAUGUUUUGGGCUAUUUGUUCCUUAUUACGUUAGAACAACUUGGUAAUAUGUACUAAAAACUGAGACAGCGUAACCACUCACCACUUGGAAUUUUACGGCUUCACUCUAUCACGGUUUUUCAAAAAUAUAUCAAGAAAUCAUUUUCAGUGUUGUGGGGGAAUUAUGGCCUCUUACUAUCCAUCCAUCCAUUUUCUAUACCGCUUCUUCCUCAUUAGGGUCGCGGGGGCAUGCUGGAGCCUAGCCCAGCUGACUUCGGGCGACAGGAGGGGUACACCCUGGACUGGUGGCCAGCCAAUGGCAGGGCACAUAUAGACAAACAACCAUUCACACUCACAUUCAUACCUAUGGACAAUUUAGAGUCGCCAAUUAACCUCACAUGCAUGUUUUUGGAAUGUGGGAGGAAACCGGAGUACCCGGAGAAAACCCACACACACACGGGGAGAACAUGCAAACUCCACACAGAAAUGCCCAGGGGAGAAUCCAACCAAGCAUCGAUCUCCAAGCUGUUCCUGUGUUGGCCAACGUGCUAACCACUAGACCUCCGUGCGGCCCGGCCUAUUACUAGUCUAGCCGAUUACUCGUCCAAAAAUAAUAUACAUAUCUAAGCAAAUGUCUUCAUAUCUUUUGCCUAAAUUGAGCAUUUUCAAACAUAAACAUGGCUAAUUAAAGUAAAAUACAAAUAUAAGGCAUUCAAAAGACACCUUCAAAGAUGUGAUGAUAUGUACAGUGUUAUUCCACACUGGUCACUCAGUGUCACUAAUGAUGACUAAUGUCUUAUUAUGUCUACUACAUGUAUAUUGGGUAAUAGGAGUGUAAAAGUGACUGUAGGGGUGUUAUUUCAUGUUUAGAGGGCUCUAAUCAUGUCAAAAAGCAUAUUUAGAAGGUGGUAAACAGGUUUUCUGUGCUCUGACUACAAAAGUACUACUUUGUGGAAAUGGACUUAUCACGGUCGGGUCUGGAACCGGUUAACCGCCAUAAAGGAGGGAAUAUUGUACUACUAAAAAUAAGCAGAAUAUCUAACCCUGCAGAAGAUGUUGCUUGCCGGAACUUUACUGGUUUCAAACAGUUCAUAAAAUAUUUUUUCUUGCUGCUGUGAUUAUUUUGCUCAUUUUAAAGCAUAUCUCAUAUUUGAGUGUAUAUGACUUAAAAGAAGCUAACUGAUCCGACAUAGAAAGUGCCCGCUAAGACAAAAUGUGCUUGUUUAUCCGAAAUAAGGAUUUGUGACCUCGACUCGAGGUAUUUAAUCUUGCUUAGAUGUCAGUGUUUGCAGCGUAGCGCGCUGGACGGAACCCAGCUGCACUGUUUGUUGAUUUUAGUUGAAUGGAUUUGCUAUUGCGAGACGUGUUAGUGUUUGAAAAGUUUUGAAGGGCACCAAUAUAAUGUGUCUCAGUUAUACCGCUUGUUGGGCGCCCUACCUACAGUAGGGUGCUACAGGGUGUGGGUAGUAGGCUAGUAGGGUGCUGGGUAGUGCUACAGUGCCAAAAGGGCGGUUGGCUAAUUGGUGGACAGAUGAAGGUGGCUUUCACGACGCAAACUAAACAAAAAACAAAGACAUCAACAAAGAUGUCCUCCGUUGUUUCUUACUUUGUUUACUGUGAGGCCUUUUUGUUGAAUUCAUGGCCGCCUUGCACGGUGUGAUGUCACACCAU